AUGGGAAUCCACAGUUCUGCUUUAGAAAUUUUGCAGCGACAAAAAAGGAACUGGAUCAUAGAUUCCUUUACUAUUGAUGAAGGCAAUACAAAACCUUACCCAUAUUCUCUGGGAAAAAUACAAAUUGAGAAUGACUUCUCUGUUUUGGAGAUAAGUGGUAGUGGUGUUGAUGAGGACCCCAAAGGAAUAUUACAGAUCAACUCAAAUACAGGAGAGAUUACUGUCCACGGCCCUGUGGACCAUGAGAAAUACCCAUUUCUUAAGCUGUCAUUUGAGGCAUUUGAUAAACGCAAAAAUGCAGUGGACACACGACUGGGCAUCGAGAUAGAGGUUAUAGAUACAAAUGACAACCCUCCAAAGUUUGAGCUGGAAAAGUAUGAGAUCACCAUCAAAGAGUCCAAGUUACAAGGCACUGAAUUGAUUACACUUCAGGCAAAAGAUGACGACUCGACUACAAACAAUAAAAUGUUUGAUCUAAAAAUAGUCUCAGUCACUCCUAAACCACAAGACCUGGAGUUCUACCUCAAGCAGAUACAGGGUUCUCAAAUUGGAAUAAUUUCAUUUAAAGGAUGUCUGGACCAUGAGAAAACAGAGAAAUACACCAUUAUAGUGGAGGCCAAAGAUCAUGGAGAACCAGAAAAUCUCUCCAGCUCCUGCACGGUCAUAAUCAAUGUAGAAGAUGGAAAUAACCACCUUCCUGUGAUUACAGGACAAACUGGUCCUGGAAAAGUUAAAGAAGGACAAGAAAAUGUUCUUGUUUCACGUCUACAAGUUACAGACAAAGACACCAAAGGCACAGCAGCCUGGGGAGCAAAAUACCAUAUCCAGGGAGACACAAUGGAAAACUUCAGAAUCACUACUGAUAGUGAGACAAAUGAAGGACUACUGUAUGUGGAAAAGGCUUUGGACUAUGAAGACAGUCCUCUGAAGAAUGUGACAGUCGUUGUAGAGAAUGACAUGCCUUAUUUCUCAUGUAACGUGGUGAGUCGCAGCACCACUGGUCUUUGGAAAGUAGCCACUUUUAGUGCCAGUACUGGUUCGUCUGGGACAGGGGAAACACUAAGUCUAUCCUACUACCAUAUGACUGUGACUGUAGAAGAUGUCAAUGAGGGUCCAGUCUUUGACCAAAGUAACAAACAAGUUACGCUGGUAGAGAAUGUUGCUGUGGGACAGUAUCUGGAGACAUUCACAGCUAAGGACCCUGAUGUCAAGAGUGCAAACACUUGUGUAUACAUGAUAGGAGAGGAUCCAGCUGACUGGGUUACAGUGGAUCCUGUGACUGGAGAAAUAACCACAUCAAAGAUCUUAGACCGGGAGUCAGCCUUUGUGAAAGACAAUAUCUAUACAAUCACAGUAUAUGCUGUUGACAAUGGUAAACCUCCAAUGACAGGCACCGCAACGCUCAGCAUCUUCAUUAGCGAUGAGAAUGAUAAUGUUCCAUCCCUAAAUGUAAGCACAAUUGACAUGUGCCAAUCUAGCGGACCGUCUCUGGCCGAAAUCACAGCCUUUGACCUGGAUGGAGAUCCCUAUGGUGGACCUUUCCAAUUCAAACUAAUUGGAGACGUUGAGGGCUUGUGGAAAGUUGACCCUGAUCUAGGUAAUUCGGUCAACUUGGUGAAAGAAAACACUGUUCAUUCAGGACACUAUGAGUUGUUCUUGAAAGUGUCUGAUCGUCAGGGUGAAACUGCUGUCCACAACCUGUCUGUGACUGUGUGUAACUGCUUGGACACAGCGAGGCCAAACUGUCGCUUCCGCAAAGUUUCUGGCUCCAAAGUAGGAGGGGGAGCAUUUGGAAUAAUUUUUUUCAGCAUGCUAAUGUUUGCAGGUAUUCUACUUUUGGCUUUUCUGGUGUCAUGUAAAAAAGAAACCAUCCUCUUGCCAGUUGACUGUACAGACCAACAUCUGAUGACAUGUAACACUGAGAGGCCUGGAACUGACUGCAAAAUGUUGUACACUCUCCAGGCACCAGGAGUGGAGUUGGGUGAUUAUGCCCCUCAUGUGUAUGCUGAGGAAGGAGACUCAGAGACCAAUUUUGAGCUUGAUGAUAUUCCCAUCCCUGAUAUUCCCUUUGACCCAGAAUUGGACCUGGACCUGGAUGCCAAGUUUACUACUCUGGCCACAAUCUGCAUGGCUAAUGACACCACUACCUACAGUGAAAAGAACUUCUAUGUAAUGAAAAACAUUAGCUAA